CGUCAGCAGCACUGCUCACAAAGGCUUGGCGCGUAGCAACAGGUCAGUGAGCUCUGUUCACCACAUUAGCAUUCGCCAUGGACUAAGACAGAGACCUAUUGAGCAGCAAUGGGAGCCACCAAUUUCUUAUGACCUCACAUGGGUUUCCUCCCAAUCUACAGUUGAGCUUCUGGCAAAGCCAUACUACUUCACCCCUUUAUUGGGUGAACAUGCUUCGACACGAUGGCUUAUUUCCUGUGGACUUUGUUUACAUGGACAUUCAAGGGGAUACUGUGCACCUGCAGGUUCCUUUGGAUAUGCCCAUACAAUGCAAUCAAAUUCUUGCCGAGGGAACAACACAUUAAAGAGGUGACAAGCCGAGAGCUGAAACAACUUGUGGGUUUUGAAAGUAAAGGGAUUGUAGCCAUACCAGGUAGCCCUGACCGUACAGCUGCCCUUCAUAAAAGACUGACCAAAACUGAGCGAGAGAUCCUGUCACUCAAGACUAGGAUUGUCUGUGAAAGAGCAUCAUGGGAACGGAGGUUUUCAGAGCUACAAAGAAAACAGGAAGAGCUACGUAAUCAGCUAGCCUCUGAGGCCGGAGUGUUGGUGAAAGUGGUCAGUUGUGAUGACCAGGGAGAGUCAGGAGUGGACAACGGAGAAGUGUUUGAGGAGUGCUCAAGUGGUCUCUCAAGACAGAUGUACCAACACAGAGGGUCUGAGGUGUCAUCAAGAGGUGACACCUAUGCGAGCAGUUUGUCAGGCAGCCAGUUAUCCUCAUCUUCAGCACUGAGCUCAAGACCUGCUUCCUCCUCCUCAUCUUUAACCACUAGUGUGAGAUCAUGGAGAACGUCCCAAGGGCCUCACCGGGUUUUUGUCCCCCACUCCCCCAUGGACCUGCAGCUAGGUCACAUGGUUAGGAUCAUGCUGCCGUCUGGACGGAUCAGCACAGGAACUAUUCGUUUCCUGGGCUACCUGCAGGGGGAGGCAGAUCUCCACCUUGGGGUGGAGCUGCAGACACCUGAUCGUGGAUUGCACGAUGGCAGCCACAGGGGACACUGCUACUUUGAAUGCAAGCCUGGAUAUGGUGCCUUUGUACCAUUCCACAAACUACUGAUGGCCUGGGAAUGACAAAAAUUCAUGUAUCAUUCCAAGUUUACCAUGGAAUAGAAGACCAACUGAAUGAAGAACAGUAGUUACACUCAUGGAUCGGAUAUCUUAUUAUAAUGAGGAACAUUUUUGUAUCACGGUACAAGCCUGAAAAUAUCUAUGUUAUGUGUGUCUUGUGUGUGACGAGACAUAAAUUGAAUUGCUAUUCACAACAAAAAUACCAUUUCAACAAACAUAGUUCCAUGACACUGUGUGAGGCUUGGGCAGACAGUAAUGUUACAGUUGCAGAAUGCAACUGCUGGUCUUUCUUUGAGCAAGCCGAUGUUCUAGUCUGCCCACAAAACAAGCAGAGAAGUGUCUUAGUAGCAGAACUUCAAGCACAAGGUCAGGCUUGGCAAAAAAAAACAAACACACUUAAAUGUGACAACUGUAGGUGUUAAAAACCUGUUGAGCACUGUCAACAAAAAACAUUUUUCUUGCUCUGACAGUGACAUUCAAAUAUUAGCCUAAAGGGAUUUUUUACUCCAAGCAAAUAUGACCAUGACUGUAAGCCUUUUACACACCUGUCAAACGUAGCAUAAUCUGUCUUUACCCACCACCAACAAAUUUACUCCAUGAUAGAGUGAUGCAAUUGCACAAUAUUGCCAAGUGUAGUAGACAAAUUACUGUGAAAAGCCUCAGUACUCCCAUAUAUGAU